UCAGCUCAGGGGUGUCACUAGAUUUCUGCUCCGGGGGAGGCGGCCGGUCAGCCAGUCCGCGAUCUCCGUGGCAUGAUUAGGACCCUCUCUCUUUUUUGGGAGCAAGACACAUUUGCGCCCCAACAUGCAGGAUCCUAAUGCAGACACGGAAUGGAAUGACAUCCUACGUAAAAAGGGCAUCCUUCCUCCAAAAGAGAAGAUAGAAGAGCAAAAGCAGGCAGAAGAGGAGAGGGAACAACAGAUCCUACAGCAGCAGUCAAUUGUGAAAACCUAUGAAGAUAUGACCCUAGAGGAACUAGAAGAAAAUGAAGACGAAUUCAACGAGGAAGAUGAACGUGCUGUUGAAAUGUACAGGCAGCAAAGAAUAGCUGAAUGGAAAGCGACUCAAUUAAAGAAUAAAUUUGGAGAACUUCUAGAGAUCUCAGGACAAGAUUAUGUCCAAGAAAUUACUAAAGCUGGCAAGGAUAUAUGGGUCAUAUUGCACCUUUACAAGCAGGGCAUUCCUCUCUGUGCCUUGAUAAAUCAACACUUAAAUGGACUUGCAAAGAAGUUCCCUGAGGUCAAGUUUGUCAAAGCCAUCUCUACAACUUGCAUACCCAACUACCCUGACAGAAAUCUCCCCACAAUCUUCAUCUACCUUGAAGGGGAUAUCAAGGCCCAGUUUAUUGGACCGCUGGUGUUUGGAGGGAUGAAUCUGACCAGAGAUGAAUUGGAGUGGAAGAUUUCUGAGUCGGGUGCCAUCAAGACAGACCUGGAGGAAAACCCCAGGAAACAGAUCCAGGACCAGCUGAUGUCAUCAAUUAAGUGUUCUGUUCCAACGAGGAGAGAAGAAAGUGACUCGGAAGACGACUAAGACCUCCUAUACUUGACAAUCAACCCAAUCUGUGCUUAUUCAGAAGGAGGUCUAAUUGAGUGCUGUGGGACUUUCAACUAAGGGCCAAGCUACACAUGACGAAUGACACUUCAACGGCAAGUGGAUUGAGUGGAGGGCAAGUGAACAGGAAGAAAUACACUUGCUGUUCAAGUGUCAUUCGUCAUGUGUAGCUUGGCCCUGAGAGUACUCAGGUUGCAAUCUAAAUGCAAUUGGUUGCAUUUUUAAAUAAGAAACUCUGCUUGUAUAUAAGUCUGCAGAGGAGUAAGUAAUGGAGAGCAGUGUUGUUCGAUUCAUGAUAAAAUUUUCUACAGGAAAUGGGAAGCACUGGUUAUGCACGCUCUGUGCACAGGAGUGAAUUCCUGUAGUGGAUAGUAUUUUUCUUGUUUGUCUGGUGCCACGUAGUGCUAUUGCAUUCUCCCUUCCUCCACAUGCAGACAGAUGCAGCUAUUUUGCAUGGUCAUCUUUAUUAUUUUGAAGUUAGCUCAGCUACAGUUGGGGAAAAGGCUGUGAAAUGAAACCCAAUGAUCAAAUAAUUUUUAUACGACUGUACUGAAUAUUGCAAAUACUUCAUUGUCCAUCUGCAGCUCUGGUACAUUAAUAUUGCUACCACGGUUUUUGAAUCACAGCAAUAGAAUAUAUAUUCAGGAUUACAAACUGUGUCUAUAAUUCUGAAAAUUUAGGAAGCUAAUUACAGUCUAAAGGACAAACAUAGGAUAUCAAUCUCUUUUUGAAGCUCCACUUGAGGAUAUUUUUAAAUAGUAACUUUUUUCAGUGUUUUUUUAUUUUGAUAAAUGACUAAAUUAAUUAUUGUCUUUUCCUCUUCUCUCUCCUGAACAGAGAGCCAAUAUAAUGCUGUCUUGAAUUAUAAGGGGCUAAUUUAUGACAGCUGUAACCAUAUUUUAGGUUCUCCAUAAAAGUUGUAAUAAAGAUGAUGCAUUACAGUGAAA